AUGGAUCUUAUCACAGAGCUUUUUGUACAACGUCCACAUGCGAAGAACAAGAACACAACUUCAGUCGAGCUACAAUGGGAAGCCUCUACACUUGGACCCAAUAGAACGUACGAUGUAUCGUGGGUAUCGGCCAGUGAUGAAAGAGAUAUAGGAACACAGGCCGCCAAUGAGAGCGGUGUGACGGUUAUUGGUCUAACACCAGACCCAGCCCAACCAGGUCCAGUGAAUACCACAACAAUUACCUACCCUAAAUUCGAGCGAUUAGAUCUUCAAGUAUACACGGAAUACAAAUACAGCAUUAAAGCUGUCAAUUAUGUUGGUGAUGAAAGUGGUGAAGUAGAAGGUAGUUUUAAAACAGCAAAAUCAGCAGACUGCAACAGAUUAUUGACGGCUUCUAGCGGAGCAAUAAUGAGCCCAGGUUAUCCCUCAAGUUCUCCUACAGUAUACUGUACAUGGACAAUACAAGGAUCCAAAGAAACUAUAAUAGCCUUAAACAUAACAGAUAUUAAUAUGGGUGUAGCUGACAGUUGUACUGAUGAUUAUAUUGAGAUAUUUGACGGAGCAUGGAUAACAGGCAUGACAUUUGGUAAAAUGUGUACAUCUCGGCAAACACUGACAUUGUCUACAACAAACUACAUGUUUGUCGUGUUUCAGUCAACAGGAAGUGGAAAAUUUCUUGCUACCUACAAAUUUCUAGAAACACAUAUCACACUGAGCGAGCCUCAAGGUUUCAUCUCUAGUCCUGGAUAUCCACUGGAUUAUCUAAACAAUACGCUUUACACCUGGACUAUACAGGGCAAUAAUGAUACUUACAUUGUUCUUAAUAUAACAGGUUUUGACCUGGAGAACUGUGUCUAUUGUGCCUGCGACAACCUUAAAAUAUACGACGGAUCCACAAAUACGUCGCAGUUAUUUGGGAGUUUCUGCUCUUCAUCUUCACCUGGGAUUAUGGCCUCAACCAGCAACUACAUGUACCUUGAAUUUAAAACAGAUAGCUCCAAGACAUACAAAGGCUUUUAUGGAAAAUACCAGAUCAUAGCCGCGAAGUUUUUUACACAACGCCCACAAGCUAAGAACAAGAACACAACUGGAUUUGAGCUUCAAUGGGCAGCUUCUACACAUGGAUCCAAUAUAUCGCUCAGUGUGUCGUGGGUGUCGGACAGUGAUGAAACAGAUAGAGGAACACAAGCUGCCAAUGAGAGCGGUGUGACGGUGACUGGUCUAACACCAGGUACCAGCUACAGAGUCACUGUCUUCACGGUCCUUCAUCCACAGGGAUUUUAUACUGCUAAGAACACCAGCACUGUUUUAAACAUUGUGACGUACCCAGCUCAACCAGGUCCAGUGAACACCACAGCCAGUGAACUCGAAAAACCUCCUUAUAUCAUAAGAUUUCAACCAUCGGAAGGAAGGGUAGAUAACUACACUAUCAGUUUUGAAUCGAAACUUAAAUUACUGAAUGUUACAGUGGUCUCCCCUGAAGUCAAUACUACAGAUCUUCAAGCAGACACUAUCUACAAAUACAGCAUUAAAGCGGUCAAUUCUGUUGGUGAUAAAAGUGCUGAAGUAGAAGGAAGUUUUAAAACAAAUUCAUCGGAUGUUUCAGCUCAGCCCGACAUCGGGAUGAUAACAGGUGCGACAGUUGGAUCCUUGGUGUUUUUUGUUUCUCUGGUUAUUGUCGGCAUCUUGAUUUAUGGUAGAAUGCGUCAUAGGAAUGCAAAAACUGGACAAAAUAAAAGGGAGCGCGAAGAACGACCCGAUUCAACAAACGAAAAUGAAGAGGCCUAUGAUUCUCUUGACGACACAAUAAACCAGAUGUGUGUCGAUGCAGAUCACUAUGACAGGUACAAUGUAUUACGAGGAAUAAAUUCUGAAUUUGUCCAAGGCAACUCACCACCUCUUCCCCCACGGCCACAACCGAAUCAGUAUAUGGAUUUAAGGCUUGUACCCAUCGAAAAAGCGGAACACGUUUUGAAAGACAUGUCCAUGGAUUUAAUGAAUACUGGCGUUACUAGUGAUUCUCUAGAAGAAGGUAAUGCUGAAGAAACUGAUCUAAUAGAAAGUAACUUUUUGAGCUUAAUCGACACAUCGAAUGUAGAUUGUACAGAAAAAUGUGAGUCAUCAAAGGUGAAGAUAGACCCAGUCAAUCAAACAGAAGAUUCUAGUGAAAACCUCGAUGAAAUUAGUGGCGAAUCAGAAACAGCUUCUACAGUGAACGGCUACGACUCCUUAAUGACACGCACUGCCCGUACAGAAGAAAACAAAUAUUUUUCGUUUACCGAUGACCCUCACAAUAAAACAAGUGUUGAUAACGAUGUAAUUAACACAGACAAAGAUGGGUACCUUUCUCCAACAAAACCAACUGCAGCAGAUAACACGAAAGAAGAAAUCGAUGUCCAAAACGAAAUUAAAAACAUAGAGAAUGACGGGUAUCUUAGCUUAAUAAAUUCAAGCUUAGAUGAUGAAAGACAUACGCUUGACAGUUCAGAACCAAAAUACAUUCACGUAGACAGCUGUCAAGGCAGUCCUUCUCUCCCAAUUAAGUCUGACCAAAUAGACGAAGAAAACGACCAAAGCUAUAUACACCCCAUUGGCCCCGAUGACCCUUCUCUGCCUAUCUCGUACGGAUACCAUAAAUGGGAUGGGGCAGAAGAUGCAAGCAAUCAAGACACAACUGAUACUGAAGUGUAAUGGAUGGUGACGUUAAAAACCAACAUAACUAUCAUGGGUUAAAUAUCCAAACAUUAUAUCAGCUUUUUUUGCACCCGCAUCAAAUCCCA